GUCAGCUUUUGUGCUCCUGAGAUGCUGCUUGGCCUGCUGUGUUCAUCCAGCCUCACAUUUUAUUAUCUUGGAUUCUCUAGCAUCUGCAGUUCCCAUUAUCUCCGAAAAGAAUAUGAUCGCCAAAAAUUUUAGCGUUUACUAGCUGCACUGUUGGGUGUGCCCGCUUGCAUUCCGCCAGGAUUUACUGAAAACUGUUUGAAAGCUUCAUAACAAUUUUGAAAAAUUCAAAUCCGAGCGGCUCCCUCGACUAUUCGCUGCUUUUUGAAGAAGGGGUUUUCCAGACAUGCGCUGUGUGAAUUACCGAGCUGGAAGAUUGAAGGGUUAGCUGGGCCAAGCAGCAGAAACUCGGCUUCGUUCAAUGUUCUCUUCAGCCGCCAGGAGAAACGUGCCCCAGUCCCGCCGCGUGUUCAUUUUGCCUGGGUUCCUCCUGUUACAUAUGGAAGCGUUGAAGAUUUGAGCGUCGAACAAGCGACGAAAAUGGAUCAUUUUGAGGAAGACCUCACAUGUUCUGUAUGCUACUCCAUCUUUGAAGACCCUCGUGUAUUGCCUUGUUCUCACACUUUUUGCCGAACCUGUUUGGAGAACAUUAUUCAUGAAUCUGGAAAUUUGUCCAUUUGGCGACAUCUUCGAAUCCCACUAAAAUGUCCUACUUGUAGAAGUAUUGUGGAACUUCCCCCAGUGGGCAUAAACUCAUUACCAAUAAACUUUUCACUGAUGGGAAUUAUUGAGAAAUACCAGAAAGAGGAACAUCCAAGCACACCAACCUGCACAGACCACUUCAGGCAACCGUUAAACAUGUUCUGUUUGUUGGACCGUAAAUUGGUAUGCGGUUAUUGCUUGACAGUGGGCCAUCAUCAAGGCCAUCCCAUUGAUGAUCUCCAGAAUGCUUAUAUUAAAGAAAAGGAAACAUGUAGCAAACUUAUUGAACAACUGACUGAAAAACGCUGGGCCAAAAUAUCAAUUUUCAUUGAACAACUGGAACAUCAGAAAUCACAAAUAGAACAAACCAUUCAACAAGAAAAGGAAAUCGUCAGCCAGUAUUUUGAGAAUCUGCAAAAAAUAGUGGAAAGCAAAAAACAAGCUUUUCUGGUUACUUUUGAUGAGGUCAAUGUAAGAGUUACCAGUGAGUAUGUUCCAUUAAUUCAGAAAAUGCAAAAUCUGAAGGAAGAACAACAGGACCUUCUAACAUCUAGUACGUACCUGGAAGAUGAAAAGGAUCCUUUAAUUUUCCUUGAGAAAGUUCAUAUCUGCCAUCAGAGGGUGAAUAAUUUAAUGAAAACUCAGCUUCCUUUUAUUCGGCCAUUGAAUAUACAACCACGAGCAGGACAAUUUUUGACAGAGAAAUGGUCGAAAGUCACAGUUGACCACAUGGAAGAUGCGCCAAUUCUACAAGUGAAACAUUGCGUGGAAGACCAUUGGAAUAAAGAUCCUAUAUGUGUCAAACAAAUCAAGGGAUUAUCUCAAAGAUCUGUAGUUUUCACAGUGCUGUUCUUGCUAACUCUUGUGUCAUUGGGUUUUUUGAUGAAAGAUUGUUGUGUUGAUAUGUUAAAUUCAACCGUUAAUGAUCUUCCACAGGUGAAACAGAUGUGUAAUCUAAUAUCAGAAGUUUGUCUUGGGCUUCAUUCCUUAAAGGUUGCUUUGGAACAUUCAGUACAAUCAUUGGUUACUUUUUUUUGCCAAUUAAUUUCUUUUCCUUACAUUUAUCAAAUGUGUGGUUUUCAAUUAAGUACUGUAUAUCAAUAUGCUUCAAACAGUUUACAGAAUUUACUUCCCUCAGAAACUCAUGAAGAAGCUUAACUGAAAGGUGAUAUACUUGAGUUGUAUCAGUCAUUCAUUGACUGUUUAGAAUUAAUUUGCCAUAAGUAGGGUGCAAUAUACGCAAUCUAGUCAUCAAUGCUAAUAUUUAAAUAUUUUCUAACUCAACUUUAAGGUAGCAUUAUCCUCAUUUGCUUUAGCUGAGGAAUGAGGGAUAUGAGUAAAUUUGACCACCUUCAAGACCCAGUAUUAAUAAAAGACACAAGUUUUAGUGUAGUUCAGAUUAUAGCAUAAAACAUGUUAAAAGCAUCCCCAUUAAAGGCCAAAAUUAUAUCUUGCAACAUUGUCUAAUUUCCAUGUUCCAAUGAACCUGAUUACCCUAAUUUCAUGUUGCUGUUUUAUGUAACUUAAACUUCCCUCCAGGUCAGAUUUGCACCGCCAGAGGCAGGUAGGUUUGCUGAUCCUUCCAGACUGGCUGAAUCUCCUGCAGUAAGAACAUUUAAUGUAAUAUGGGAGAAAAUGGGGUAAGUAGCUUUAAAGUACAGGGAAGAAGUGUGUGUGCAGGCUGCUAAGUUUGAGGACAUGGCAGUUUUCAUUGAGAUGUUCAUGUUUUGGCCUCAGCAGUAUUCAUUCCAGUAAAUGCUUGUAAUUUUACAAUUCUAGUCAGAUCCCUUCCUCCCUUCCCUUGUUUUUGUUGUUUUAUGCAUUACUGAUACUCCAGGAUUAUCCAAGAACAUUCUAGCAUGGAAGGAGGAUCUCCUAGGCAGUGUUUCUAGGAACCUGAAUGAUGUAGAGCUUUGAUUUAUUUCCAGGUAUGCAUUUCCUUAACUCUUGCUGCUAUUAAACAACAGCAAGAGAUUGAGAGCCCAACCCACAAGAAAAAUGCAGCUUUUCCAAACUGUUGGGGAUGUAUCACUGAAUCAAUAGUGCACGGUGGCUCAGUUAUUAAGCAGUGCUACCUCAGUGCCAGGGUUUGAUUCCAACCUCAGGCGACUCAGGGUGGAGUUUGCACAUUCUCCCCGUUUCUGCCUGGGUUUCCUCCAGGUGCUCCAGUUCUUCCCACAGUCCAAAAGACGUGUAGGUUAGAUGGAUUGGCCAUGGUAAAUUGCCCAUAGUUUUCAGGGAUGUGUAGAUUUGGUGGGUUAGAGGGGGAUGGGUCAGUGUGGACUUGUAGGGCCAAAGGGCCUUUUUCCACUCGAGGGAUUCUACGAUCUUCUAUGAUGAUCAAACAUUUAGGAUUCUUUUUUCUGAAAAUAUACUUAAACAGAUUUCAUGACUAAAAAUACAUUCCAAACACUUCAAAAAAAAUUCAGAAACUGCAAUGAAAUUUAACUUGCUUGUGCACAGCAUGUGCCGCUCUUAGGUCUAGCGAGGGUUGAUAAUCCUCCAAAAAACAGAGAAGGGUGCUGAAGAAGGGUCACUGGAUCCAAAAUGUUAACUGUAAUUUCUCUUCACAGAUGCUGCCAAACUCAGUACUUUUCCAGCAAUUUUUUUUUGUAAUCGUCCUACACCCAAAGUAAAAUUUCAACUUUUCUGUUGCAGUUCAAUUUUACUUAGAGAAGGUCCGUCCAAGCCAGUGUUGAAUUCUUUGCAUUGUCAACAUCAAAUGCGCUAAGAAAUGCAUGUGUUGACAUUUAUUUUCAUGUCUCUGAAUUCUGAAAUCUAAAUUGACAAUUGCUAGAAGCUUUUUGAUGGAACAAAGGAAAGAUAUAUUAAGAGGUGCAGAAUCACUAUGUUAUAUACUCAUCUGAAUGGAAAUAUUGCAAGAAAGAAAAUUAACAAUUAUUGCAACUCGUAGCAUUGAUGAGAUAUUGAGCAGAAUGGUCAGUUAGAUAUGUGUUUUUUAAAAGUUCACCUCAUGUGGGUUUUGUUGGCAACAUUAAUUAAUGCCCACAAGGUGAUAGUGGUAACUUGUGGUUUGAGAGAUUAUUUUGGAGGACAAUGAAAAGUCAACUGUAACUAUAUGAGACAGAUCAGAUAAAGACUGCAAGUUUCCUUCCUUGAAGGACACUAUUGAACAUGAGAAGUUCUUAUGAGAAUCUUGUAGUUUCAUGAUCACCAUUACUGCUUCGCAUUCCAGAUUUAUUAAAUAAACUAAAUUUUAAGGCCCCAACUGCCAUGGUAAGAUUGAUGUAACUGUCAAGUUUGCAUUGCAUCAGAGUGAAACUCUGUUGGAAGUGCAGUUUAUCAGUUUUUAAGUUUCUGGUCUGUUCUGUUUUUUAACUUGGGAAAAAAAAACAUCAAAGUUCCCAAAACUACUGUCCUUGUGUAAGCGAGUUCAGAUCCUUUGAUAAUACGCUCUUCCAUCAGUAAGCAAAGCUUACACAAACAAGGGACCACAGAUUAUUGAUGACAGUCUACUCAUGAAAUCAUGAGUUUAAUGUGACAGUUCCUGAAAGCACUUUCUGGAACAAUGAAACAUUAUGAAUUUUUGUACAUUGAAACUUUAUUGCAACAAACUCCAUGUAUAUAAAAUUCAUAAUUAAUGGUUCCCAUCAUAAGCCAAUAAUGCUUUAAAAAAACCCAUUAGUUCCCACCUAUCACUGAGAAUGAAACAUUGAGUUGUAUGGAUAAACGUCGUACAAAGUUCCAAAUAAUGCUUGCAUUGUAGUUGUAAAAGCAGGUCAUAGUUUGCUGCACAACCUCCAGGGGAGGGACAGAAUAAAUUUAGUGCCUUCUGGCAUUUAAUGGAGCAGAUGUCUGUAUGAAAUUCAGUUCUUCACUGACUUUUUUUAAAAGUUGUAGAUUAUGUACAGGCUCUAAUUACAGUAAUAGUGAAGAAUAGGUACCUUUUGCAAAAUUUUGUUUUACAUUUUGAACAUGGUACAAAUAUUGCAAGAUUUCUGUAAAGCCAUGCUGCCAAUAUAUUUCCAGAUUCUUUUCUGUAGGAGUAUAAAUAAUUGACAAAAGUUCAAUUUUAGCUUUGUAGGUUUCAUAUCAGUUGCAUGGAACUGACAUUUGUAUUCUUGUCAUAAUGCUAUCAUUGAUCACAUUUACUUAAUUGGUUUUACUGCUUAAAUGUGGAACAUUUUACAACACUAAUAAAAUUAUAGUUGGAAGCUGAUAAUAUGAAGACAAUAAUCCAUCAUGGACUGCUGGAUGCUGUUGAAUGUCAGCAUCCUGCAAGUACUCGCUCUUUCUCCAAAUAAUCUCUUUACUGCUUCAUUUGUAUUCAGGAGACAAACUGACAGAAGGCUUCAGAUGUACUCAAAAGAUUGAUACAAUAUGCAUAAAGCAAACACAUAAAAAGGGUGCUCUUAAUAUUAAAUUAUCUGCUGCAAUUACCAACUUGCCAGUAUUUAGCAUUUACAGUGACUGACAACACAAUCUAUGCACAUCACCUUUCAGAGAUGGCUGGUUAACAACCAAGACUGGAAGUAUCAAUUGUGAAGUUGUAGACUUGCUUGCCAAGCCAGUGCGUUUGAUUGCAGACCUUUUGUCACCCUUCUAGGUAACAUCAUCAGUGCCACCUCUGGUGAAGCACUGGUGUUCUGUCCAUCUUGUUAUUUGUAUGCCUUGGUUUGCUGGGGUGGUUGGCAUCACUCUGGUUCUGUUUUUCACUGGUCUGUAUAUCAGGUCCAGUUCAGCGUGUUUAUUGAUGGAGUUUGGGUUGCAAUGCCAGGCCUCCAGGAAUUCCCUGGCAUGUCUCUGCUUGGCUUGUGCUAUUAUAGAUGUAUUGUCCCAGCUGAAUUCAUGUCCUUUGGCAGUGUGUAUCAAGGGCAGUGCAAACUGGUCACGUCUCUUGGUGACUAGUUAUUAUUAGUGUGUGCUUGUCAGUUUUGCCUUUCUAAACAGAACCGGAAGUGAUGCCAACCAUCCCAGCAUACUGAGGCAUAUAAAUAACAAGUGGGACAGAACACCAGCGCACUCACAAUGUUACCUAGAAGCAUGAUGAAACAUCAGCAAGUCUACAACCUCAGCCACAAAUCUUCUCAAAAACUGUCAAAUUUUGUCAGAGCUACAUUUUCUUCGUAACCAUAAUUAACAAAAUAGUCUGGGACUAGCUCCUUUCUCAAUGAAACCACAAACUCCAUCUUAAGGGAAAUAGAAAGAUAAGAAAUACAAAUUGAGCAACUAUGCAGAAGACAAUUCCCUAUAUUGUCACAACACUCAGGAGAUACAUAUUUUUAAAAAAAAAGUUUGACAUGACUUUUGACCUUUUACAUAGAUGCUCCAUAACUACUAUUGGCCAAGCUUUUGUUCAGCUGCAUUUUUUUUUUAUUCAUUCAUGGUACAUAGAAGUGACCGGCCAAUCUAUUUCCCAUUUGUAACUACCCUCAAGAAAUGGUAGUGAGCUGCUUUCUUGAACUAGCAGAUUCCUUUGACUGUUAGUAUACCCAGUGGUGUUAGGAACAGAGUUUCAAGAUUUUGCCCCAGUGACCUUAAAAGAACAACAAUGCAGCUUCAAGUCAGGAUGGUUAGUGGCUACGAGACAAACUUACAGAUUCUGCUGUCAACCUCUGCCAAAUAGAAUGGUGAGAGUUUGGAAGGUGCCUUGGUGAGUUGCUGUGGUGUAGCUUGUACAAGGUAUCCAUUACUGACUUAAAUGGUAGAAGUGGAGUGUCAAGGAGCUAGCAUAUAUCCUAACUUUUAUUUAAAGGCUAUUCCAGAUGUGAUUCAACUGGUCAAAAUACUAAGCUUUAAACAAAAACACAUUUUCUUCUUGCACCAUAGUUUAGUAUGGGGGGGAAAAAAAACAAGAAUUGGCACAACUUUAACACUAUCAAAACACUUAACAAAAUAAUACUGGCUACUACUCAUUAACCGUUCCAAUACAAGUAGCAUCUCAAACACACCUUUUGGCAAACAAGUUUCAAACAACUGAGUGACUUGCUAUCUCCACCAGCCCAAGAGAAGGAACACCAACAAAAUGAAUCUAGCAGCAGAGAGCACUCAAGCUGUUGCAGCUGCAGCAGCAGUCACAAGAGGAAUAAAUGAAGGUGGUGGGUGGUAUGAUCUGGGUGCUGUCAGGUUCAAGUGUUGACAGAGCUUAAGAAAUCUAGCACAAGAAGAGUAAUCCAUCACUCCUAUCUUUUGCCUUAUAGAUCGGUUAAAUAUCUGGUUAAUGGUAUUCACUGAAGAUGCUGAUAGUAGGGAAAUUCAGCAUGGUGAUACCAUUCACUGUUGAGAUAGCUAGAUUCUAUUACGGAAAAUGGUUGUUACCUAGUACUUGUGUGGCACAAACUUUAGUUGAUACUGAUUAGAUCAAGCCUCGCUGCAUAUGGACAAAGUCUACUUCAUUGGUGGAUGUCCUCUUUGAAGGACACUUGUGAAUAAGGUAUUUAGGAAAAUGAAUCUACGGUCACUAUUACUAAGUCAAGCUUGCAAUUCCAGAUGUAUUGAACCCAUGCCCCCAGGGUACUCAACUGGGCAUCUGGAUUACUAGUCUAGUGACAUCAAGCCACUAUUAUAUAGAGGAUGAGGUUUGGUUGUACAAAUGGUUCGGUGAAGCACUUUGGAUGUUUUAAAGGUACAAGUCCAAAGGAUUUUUAGAAGUCUUAAUUGAAAACAAUAUGGCACCACAGCAUCCAAAUGCUACUCAAUCAAAUUACAGGUACUUAGCUUGCAGUUUUAGGAAGUUAGAAACAUUACAGGUUGGCAAUACUGUAAAACUAACAUUGGGAACCUUAACUGGCUGAUUAACAUACAUGUGAUGCAGAAAUUAGUACUUUCAUGCAAGAUGUUUAAAUAAAUACCCAAAGGGAAAAUGUCAAAUUAAAAUGGGUAAACGUUACUGGGGAUAAAAUUUAGGACAAAAAAUGCAAAAAAAAAACUGUCAGGCAGCAUUUGUCAAAUGCUAGUGUCAAACAGGGGAAUUGUUUCAAGCAACUUUUCAGUGAACUCUGAAUAACCUUUUAUAAUCCAACCCAGAUUUCACACACCAACUACACGUACAAAUGGAAUUCACUUCACAGAAUCCCAGAAGCAGCUGCAUUGUGAGCAUUUAAGCUCCAUCUAAAAACAUACUGUUUCUAGCCUUCAUACCCAGCUAUCAAAGAAUGAAAUUCCUACCAAUUCAAAAUUCUAUUAAUUCAGAGCUGCCUGCUUUUGGUAUUCCAAUCUCUUGCUGCUGCCCUCUAAAUUGCCAUAGUAUCACGUAAUGCUGGUCCCCUUCACAGCUUAUAUGGCAAUAUUACACCCCUACUUCAAAAGCUUUCUGAACUUUCAAGUCAUUUGGGAAGACAACUGAAUGCUAUUGAGUACUUGUUUGGCAACUUUAUCAUUUAUAGGUGUAAAUCUCAACAGCUUACAAUCAUGUGAUGAAAUGCUUUAACAGUUUUGAUAUUAAAAAGUAAUCAGCUAUAGUACAUUAAAACAGUAUUUAUUCCGCACACAUACAAAAUAUAUACACUGUAUCAGAAUAUUAAGAAAAUCUAAUAGUACAUAGUUUAUGCAUUAGGAAUAAAAUCACAAGAAUUUAGAAUCUAAAUUUGAUGCCCAUGUUAGAGAGUUUACACUAACACAAUACUGGAGUGAACUCCAUAAAGAUAGUAGCAUAAAAGAAUGCAGAAACGUAAAAAAGAGAUUUCUUUAAAAUAAAGCCAGUCCAUUUAAAAAAAAUUGAUAGCGUUUCAACUGGCCUCAAGCUGUACUGGUUACUUCAGGAAGUGCUUGAAGACUAAUGACUUUAGGGUUGGUUGCAACACUCUUUGUUGUAUUGUUUGUCUUGUAGAUUCCAACCAGCCUGUCAGCAAUUUCGAACAUAUUGUUUCUCAAGGAAAUAAUGAUGAACUGAGCAUUUUUGGUCUGUUCCUAAGGAAAGAAACAGGAAACUAUUUUAAGUCAGAGUCAUUUGUGAAAUGAUCAUUUAACCAGUCAUUUAACAAAUAUGGAAACCAACUAAGGUUCAUGUAAGUAGUUUGUCUUGUAUGCAGUGUCCAAUUAGGGAUACACAUGUUUAAAGCAGUCACAGAAAACUUGGGAAGGAAGCUUACAAAGAUACUGCCAAUUGUAUAUAGUAGAAUUGCAUCAGCACUUAAAAGCUAGUUAAGUAUGCAACCUCUUCCGAAUGAUUGGUCUGAAUUUACAGCUCUGAGAGGUCUACCAUUUCAGGAAUUCACCAAAACGCAGGGAUGGAUGAUUACUUAAAACAUAAAUAACCUAAAAUGUCCAAUUCUAUUGCAGUAAACUUCGACAUGAAAAGAACAGCCUCCAUUCAGCACAUAACAGACAACACACAUUUAAAAUUAUUUCUACUCACCAUUGUGCCAGUCAUAACCACAGCAGCAUCCUACUAAAUACUGCACUUCUACUUUCCAUAACUUUUAACUCAAUAACAAUGCCAAUGUUACUUUAAACUUGUUGUAAUACUGUUAAUUAUUCAGUGUUUUGUGACCAUAGCUUGUUUGAAUGCAUUUUAGAGGUUAUGUGCUGGAUUAAAAUGGCAGAAUUCAUAUAGGCAAGAUGGAGGGAAUGCCUUCCUGCCAGUUUGCUCAUGCAACAACUUGAACUAAAACCAAUUAUAUCUGCCUAUGGUACUGUAAACAACUAUACUAUACUUUCACAUAUUAUUGUAAAUUGAAGGAUUGUGAUUUCUGAGCAGCAUUUUAAAAAAAACCAUUUGGUCUUUAAUAUAUAUUCAAUGGGCUUACUUUACAAUUAGGUACACUGUACACAGCUUGUAGAUCAAUUGCGGACCCAGGAAAUCAAGGCUGUGGUUUUUACAUUCCUGUCUGAUAGUGGGAUGAAUAUAGAUGAUUACUGAACUUUUAUUAUCUGAUGGCUUUCGUUGGCCUUCAAUUACUUACUAACGCAACAAAGAAUAGGCUUGAAAGUUUUACAUUUGUUUUCCCUGCCAUAGCUGCCGUAAAAUGGAUACAAAAAGAUUCCACUAUGCCAUUCAAUUAGCAAUGAAGUUUUCCUCAACAUUCUGCCCAAUAUUUACCAUUUAACUAAACCCUAAGAAAAUUUGAUAUUAUUUCAUUGCUGUUUUUCUGUAAUUGGUAUGCAAAAUUGUUUUUCAUACAGUAAAACAAUUGCCUAUUUAGAAUGUUAUUAAAACCACUACAUAAUUGCAAGUUUGUUCAUUUUUUGUCAUUCCUAACUAUGUUGUUUGUUACAUGGAAAGAAAUUACAAAUGCCACAUUACGAAAUUAAAUACCAAUAGCACCAUUACAUAUCUCUUUCAGGGCAGCCCUCAUAUUUUGCCCUAUUUAAAUCUCCUUAGUCUUUACACCGUUUAGUCAAAUGGGGCCUCACCUGCAAUUACUGAGAGGCUGAAACCGCACAAUGAUACCAUUGCACAAGCACGAAGGGGCUUCGCCUGUAUUAAGCACUUCCACUACCCCAUUUGCAAUGCAGACUCACUUCCUGCACCUGUACUGAAUGACUCCACAAUUCUGUGGCUCCAUCUCCAAUAGGCCUAAAGUGGCCUCCCAGAGUUCUGAUGGGAGCAAGGAUCAAAAG